AUGAUUGGUGAUGCUCCUUAUGAUGAUCAAACUUAUUCAGUGUGAAGAAAAGAAAUCCAAACCUUCACUACAACCAAACCUAAAACUACCAAAAAACGAUACCCGAAUCAAGGCUGGAUUUUAAUCCCUGAAGAAGGCUUCAUGAUGAUAUGAAGCAAAAUUAUCAUGGUUAUGAUUCUUUUUACAACUAUUAUCACUCCAUACCGAGUUUCAUUUGUAGAUCAGGAUCCUUAUGCAUGACAAAUUAUUGAUCUCGUUGUAGAUGGGGUUUACUUCGUUGAUGUCAUAGUUAAUAGCUUUUUAGCCUAUACGAACUCUGAUAAUGUGCUGGUAACAAGCAACAAAAAAAUUAUUUUGCAUUAUUUAAGCACUUGAAUGAUUUUAGAUGUGUUUUCAUGCAUUCCUCUUGAGCUGAUGAUUACGGGUUGAAAUUAUCAUAUGCUUGCAAGACUUGCAAGAUUGCCGAGAAUAUAUAGGCUAAUAAAGAUUACUAAUUCCACCCUCCGUGAGUGAAUAAAAAUUGUUUUAAUAGAAAAAAUUUUUUAUGAAAAAAAAAUUGAUAUAUAAGUGAUAAUUAGUAUAAUCAAAUCUCGACUAAAUCUGUUUAAUUUUAAACAAAUUGCGUUUUAAAACAUAAAUUUAUAAAUUAAAUUAAUAUUUGCUUCCCAGUUUUUGCAAAUUAGGAUUUUUUUAAAAAAAACUAGCCCCCCUCCAUGAGUGAACAUUUUUUUUAUGUUCACUCACGGAGGGGGGAGUAAGCUGUUUCGUCUGGCGAAAUUCGCAAAAAAUAAAGAUCAGACCUUUAAAUAUGUGAAUUUACUGCUUAGAAUAAGUACUGCUAUUGAAAGACUUAUAUGGUUUCUUCUAAGUUUUAUUGUUUUAAUUCACUUAAUAUGCUGCUUAUGAGUAUUCGCAGGCAGAUGGAACCUAAAUAUUUCCACAAAUUGGAUACAGAAUUUCGGUUUUCAAGAUUAUGAUAACAUGAACUUAUAUAUAGUCUCACUUUAUUGGACGGUCACCACUUUGGCAACUGUAGGGUAUGGAGAUAUUGUAGCCACUAACACAACUGAAAGAAUAGUUGCGUCCUUUGUUAUGAUCAUUGGGAUCUGGCUUUAUUCCUAUGGUGUCGGCUCUUUAACAAAUCUUAUAGGAAAUCUUGAUACAAGACGAGCAAAGCUAAAUCGGCAGCUUGAGGUGCUGCAGAGAAUUGCAAGAGAAUACAAGCUCAAUAAAGUUUUCUUUAAAAAGCUAACGAAUGCUUUGGAAUAUGAUAACUCGCAGUCAAGAAAAGAUGUGGAUGAAUUAAUUGAGGAUCUGCCGCCUUCUCUCAGAAAAGGGCUUCUUAUCAUUACAUAUGAAGGGAUGAUCAGACAUAAUGCUUUUUUUAGUGAUAAACAAAGCCAUUUUGUAGCUUGGGUUGCUCCUAAGCUAAAGCCAUUAAAAGUCGCUAAAGGAGAAAUGAUUUAUAAAGCAGGAGAAUACGCAACAGAAAUGUAUUUCCUUGUAAAAGGAGAAGUGGCAAUGGUUAUCGUGAUAGAUGAUGUUACAAUUCCUUUUAUUCUGCUAGCUCCGGGGUAUUAUUUUGGAGAGGUUGACUUACUUUUUAGUGAAAGUAAAACCCAUCUCCACACUGUCAAAGCAACUGAUCAUUGUGAACUUCUUGCUUUUUCUAAAGAAGAUUUUGAACAAAUGAUGCAGCUCUAUGAAGAAGAGUCCAAUGAAAUCUGCAUGCUAGCAAGCGAAAGGCUAUUCAGAACAGACCAAAAAAUGAAAGAAGCUGAGGAAAACUACAGAAAAACAGCGAAAGUGAAAUCACAGUUAAGCUAUCCAAGACCAAAAAAGAGUAGGUGAGACAUGGAUAAAUUCAAAAGCGCUUAUGGGAAGAAAGCUGUUGAAAGCAAUCUUUCAUUAAUUAAAACUGAAGACACAGUCAAUGUUGAUCAAAGCAUCAAAGAAAAUUUAAGGAAAACAUUUAGAGAGAAGUCAAUAGGGAAAUCGUUGCAUAUAGAGGUUUCCUCUAUAUAGCGCUGAAGCGCAGACAUUUUCCCAGGAGCUUUCCAAGUUCGUCGGACCAAAUCGCUUUUUGGUCCGACCAAGGCAUUGAUUUGGUGCAACCAACCGAUAAAUUCCGAUCAGAAAUUUAUCGGCCUUACAGCGCCAAACAUAGGAAACUUCUAUAGCCUAUUUGACUCGAAAUCCUCAGAAUCUACUAAUGUGCCUCAGAUUAAGCAAAAGAUUUUGAAAAUGAACAAGUCAAUGAAACAAAUCCAGAAUUUGUGCAAAAUCCUUAUGGAUAAAGCAAAUCCAAUCAGUGAAGCAAACUCAGUCAUACUAGAACCUCAGCCCAAAAGUGAGGAAAAACCUUUAUUAAAGAAGCUUUUGAGUCCUUGGAAAAUUGAAAUUGAAGCUGAUAUAGAAGAGCGGCAUAUGGAGAGCGAAGUUUCAAGAAUUGAGGAAGCUGGGGUGAAGAAAGACAGCUCUUUUGAAAAUAAUUAA